UCUGGUCGUCUUUUGUUGCUGCUUUGGCCAUGGCGGAAGGUCCAACAUGCUUGCAGUGAUGAUGGCGGAACAGGAGCGUGCGAAGGAGAGGGUCAAUCGGAAGGACUACUGGCUGAGCGAAGGCUUGAUAGUGAAGGUCAUGAGCAAAGCGCUCAAGGAAAAGGGGUAUUACAAAAUGAAGGGUGUGGUGGAGAAGGUGGUGGGCAAAUAUGUUGGGGAGAUUAAAAUGCUGGAUGGCGGCGAUGUGUUGCGGGUCGACCAGGCGGAGCUUGAGACGGUGUUGCCCCAGAUCGGCGGUCGGGUGCGCGUAGUGAAUGGGGCUUAUCGCGGAGAGCACGCAAUUUUGCUAGGCAUAGAACCGGAGAAAUUCUGCGCCAAAGUCAGGAUCGAAAAAGGUCGUUUUGAUGGCCGCGUUCUACCUGCCGUUGAGUACGAGGACAUCUGCAAAGUAGCCGUCUCUGGCCGUUGAUUAUGCGUUGACAUCAACGACGGCAAAUCGGUCAGCAGUGCAGAGGGCGCUCGGUCAUGGAAACUCGGAGUAAGGUCUCGUCGAGCUGAGAGGAGGAGGAGGAGAUGCUGUUAUGCCACACAAGUCGAUCAAGGUAGAUGGUGGAUAGGCAUCUACAAUCGCGCGGUUCCCUAUAUCCUUCUUCUCAGAUUCAAAUAACCCACCCAUCUCUAUCUCCACCUCCUCUCUGUCAAACCUGUCUGAUAUAUAAACGGUUCUCAUCAUCAUUCCGAUUGCCGUUCUCUC